AUGACUCGCAGGAUUCUACGAAAACCUCCGAUCGUUUGCAAAGUAUGUGGCGAGACGCACUGGUGGAAGCAGGACUCAGAAGCACGACACUGCAUAUUGCGCAUCAGCCUACACGUAGAUCGAUGUGCACCAGGUGUGUUCAGAAACACGCGGUUGAAAGAAAUACGGAAACCAGGAUGUUUUCCCUAUGGGCCACUACCUAUUGAAGUCUGGGAGCGGAUCUUUGAUCUUCUGGCGCAGGACGAAUGGGUGUAUGCGCUGCGGGCGUGUGCGCUCACUUGCAGGCUGUGGAGCACUAGGUGUCGGUGGCAUUUAACUAAGCAUAUCGUUCUCCGUGAGAAGAAACAAGCACACAAAGUAGCAAAGGUGAUUCGGAAUCGCGCAUCGCAGAUGGACACAGCCGAGGUCAUAACGCUACGACAGCCAUUCGCAUUCAUGUCCGGAAAGAAGCUUUCACGGGUAAAGGCAUUAACGAUCGGUGACACAUGCGACAUACGCCAUUGGAUGCCAGGCUCGUUGCAUGUUGAUGUUUUUACUCAUUUCAGGAUCACGUUCGACUCGCUCACUCGUCUUACGCUCGACUGGAUUGAGUUCCCGUCCGUUAUUGUCCUUGCGCGGCUCGUCUUUUCCUUUCCUCGCUUAACCAGCCUCACUUGCCAUGACUUAUCAUUCAAAACGAGAGGUUUUGUGCGUGGACGAGCGCUGCCGCCGAAGCCCUUUGAGCUAAUCCAGGUUGAUGUCCAAGGAGCCGAUGAUGUCGUCGACUUCCUAAUCAUCUCUGUUGUCGGGGCUACUCUGCAGCGCAUCAAAUGGAAGGGUCGCUCAGGUUCUGUGAGUACGCUACAGCGGCUCCUACAAGUAGCCGGUGCAUCUCUCCGAACUCUCGACGUGACAUGCUGGGAAACGUAUGAAGCAAAAGUGGACAUACUGGACCUCGGAAACAAUGAUGGCUUAGAGGUGGUCUCGGUCACUACCGAUCUGGAUCACAGUGACAAGUACAUUAUGAACUGGAACUGGACCUAUGGUAUCAUGUCUACUGCUCUCCCCUCGAAGCUCCGGGAAAUUGUAAUUGGAGCAAACGUAGGCUCAUAUCAGGCACUACCGCAAAAUCAUGCCGAUCUCUUGGCCAGAAUAGAUUGUGUGCAACUCGAAGAGCUACUUUGCCAGGCCUGCUUCGAGAACCUGGAGACGGUCCACUUUCACCUGCGCGGAAUUGUUCAUUCCUCGGAUACCUUCGACAUGCCCGUAGAAAAAUGGAUGAGACAACUUUCUCGUCAGUUUCCUGGACUGCAUGCUCGCAAACUGCUUCAAGCGUCUGUCGCAGCUGAACCCGUUGUGCAGUCUUCCCGGUUCGGUCCAGCCCGCUGGCAAUGGUGA